ACAAUAUUUAUGUCAAUCGAAUUAAAACUCAAUCGACUAAUUAAAAUUUAUAUUAAAAUAGAAAUUAAGAUUUAUUAUUUUGAUUUGCUAAUAUUUUCUCAGCACAUGAAAGUGGAUUUUUUUUUGUUGAUUAUCAUAAUAGUUCUGCUCUAGUAAUACAAGAAAAUAGAGUAGACCGGAAACUUACCCCUCACCUUCAGUUCACUUCAGCGGUUGUUGACCACGUCGAAAAAGAAGAAGGUCAAAUGCAAGCGAUGGCUCCCUGUUUAAAUUGUAAUAAUCUAAAACUAACUACACAAUAAAAAAACAAUUGGGUUGGAAAGGAAACAUGGUAUCUCUCUCCUUCCAAGCAAUGAAUGAAUUGUUUGGAAGAAAAGCAAGGCAUGCAUGAACAUAGGCCGCCCAACACCUCUUCUUCUUCUUACCUCCAACAAAAAAAUAUCAAGUGGCCACCAGCUGCCAUGGCAAAAAUAGCUCCAGUUGGUUGCGUCUUAAUCUUCUUUGUCAUUGCCUCCCUUGGCCUUGUCUCCUUUGCUUUGUGUCUUGUUGCAGAGGCUAAGAGAACCAAGGCGAAAGAUGUCAAGUUGGAUGGAAACCUAUGUCAUUUACCUACAAGUCAUGUCUUUGGAAUAGUAGUUGCCGCACUAAUCUGUCUCUCAAUUGCUCAAAUCAUAGGGAGCGUAGUAGUGUGUGCAAAUUACUGGUGGAGCUCCAGAGGGAAGGUCAGAAACAGAAAGGCCAAGAAACCGGUUCUAUUUCUUACAGCAUUUUCCUGGGUGAGCUUUGGAGGUGCAGUGAUUCUAAUGAGUGCAGCCAUGAGUAUGAAUAGAAGGCAGCCCUACGGAGAAGGAUGGUUGGACGGGGAAUGCUACGUUGUUAGAGGCGCAGUGUACAUAAGCGCUGGACUUUUAAGCCUGGUUGCAAUCUUCGCCUUGCUUGGAGCAGCCGCCGUCAUGAAAACCACCAAUCCAGUUGAUCAAGGCCUCAAGGCAUAUGCACACAAUUAAUUAAUGCCUCACAUGAUAAACAAUAUAUACAAGAUAGAAUUGCAAUUUUUGGAGGGUCUAAUUUUGUCCUCAGGAAUUUUAGUAAUUGAAAUUUAAUUCCCAAUUGAAAUUUUAUUAAAUCUACUUAUUUACUAUCAAUUAAAUUUUGUUAAUUCAUUA